ACUGACCUAAUCUUUAAUGGCGGAAACAAUAUGGCGCCGGUUUUUAGAACCUGUUGUGGUUUUCUACAAAUACAAACGGCCUACAGAGUUUUUAAUCCUCGAUUAUGCCUGCAGCCAAGUUUGAAUGCGGGAUCUAGAUACUCGUACAGAUGGUCUGCCCUACAGGGCUCUCGUGGACACCAUAUAAGACCCAAGCCAGCUGCAACAAAGAUAAUACCUUCUCUGAGCAGUAAAUUUGCUUCUUGUGAGCCAGGACUCCUCUUUGUGAGUAAGCGACAACAGCAUGGAGGUACCAAUAUCACAUCAAAAAGCCUGAAAAAUGUAUCAUCCACAGAUAGCUUGUCAAUAAUUAAAAGAAUGUUAAAACAUGUUUGGCCCAAAGACAGGCCUGAUUUGAAGAGAAGAGUAGUUGCUGCAGUAGUUCUGCUUAUUGGAGCCAAGCUGAUGAAUGUACAAGUACCAUUCUUGUUUAAGUAUGCUGUUGAUUACCUAAACAACAUGGACUCAGCUGCCUUGGUUCAAACGGCAGGUGGAACUGUCUUUACAGCGCUGACAGCACUGCUGUUGGGAUAUGGAGCAGCCCGUACAAGUGCAUCUCUUUUUAAUGAAUUAAGGAAUGCAGUCUUUGCAAAGGUUGCUCAGGGAUCCAUUCGCGUUGUUGCUAAGAGGACAUUUCUUCAUCUCCAUAACCUGGACUUAACCUUUCAUCUGACCAGGAAGACAGGUGCUUUGUCCAGGGCCAUAGACAGAGGAACAAGAGGGAUCAAUUUCAUUUUAAGUGCUUUGGUGUUUAACAUCUUCCCAACAAUAUUUGAGGUGUCACUUGUGGCUGGCAUCUUGACAUACCGAUGUGGUAAAGAGUUUGGACUAGUUACACUGGCCUGUCUAGCAACAUAUGUUGCCUUUACACUGUUUGUCACACAAUGGAGAACCAAGUUUCGAGUGCAAAUGAACAGAGCAGAUAACCAGGCUGGCUCUCAAGCCAUUGAUUCACUGAUCAACUACGAGACAGUUAAGUAUUUUAACAAUGAAAACUAUGAAGCCAAGAGAUAUGACGAACUCCUUGCAGAUUACGAGAAAGCGUCCCUUAAAACCACAACAAGUUUAGCUUUGCUCAGCUGGGGUCAGAAUUUUAUCUUCAGCGCCUCUUUGAGCGCAAUUAUGAUACUGGCCAGCAGGCAAAUCAUGCAAGGCACCAUGUCUGUCGGUGAUCUAGUGAUGGUGAAUGGUCUGCUAUUUCAACUCUCGGUGCCUCUCAACUUCCUGGGUUCUGUGUAUCGUGAUAUAAGGCAAUCACUUGUGGACAUGCAAACAUUGUUUGAUCUUCACAAGGUCUCCUCGGCUAUCAAGGUCAAACCUGGUGCUUUUCCACUCGUUCUGAAACCUGGUGAUGAAAAAUCACACGUUAUAUUUGACAAUGUGGUGUUUGGCUACCUGCCAAACCAGAAUAUCCUUAACGGACUGACAUUCACUGUUCCAGCAGGAAAGAAGAUUGCUAUUGUAGGAGGCAGUGGCUCGGGGAAAUCCACCAUUGUCCGCUUGCUGUAUCGAUUUUAUGAUCCCUCAGAUGGUCGUAUCCUUAUGGCUGGCCAUGACAUUCGAGAUCUUACGAUUGAUUCCUUGCGACAAGCUAUAGGAGUUGUACCGCAAGACACAGUUCUUUUUCACAAUGACGUAUUCUACAACAUAAACUACGGGCGCAUUGAAGCUACACAAGAUGAAGUUUAUGAGGCAGCCAAGAUGGCGGAGAUUCACGAUGCGGUACAACGCAUGCCCAAAGGAUAUCAAACUCAGGUCGGCGAACGUGGUUUAAAGCUGUCCGGCGGCGAAAAACAAAGAAUAGCUAUUGCUAGGACUAUCUUGAAAAAUCCACCUAUACUUAUGUACGACGAAGCCACUUCCUCGCUGGAUUCUAUCACGGAAAUGAAUAUUCUGGAUAGUCUUAAACGUGUUACAAAAGAUCGUACCUCUAUCUUCAUUGCUCAUCGACUGUCCACAGUGGUAGACGCAGACGAAAUUCUUGUUUUGGAAGAGGGUCGCGUGCGUGAGAGAGGUUCUCAUUAUUCACUCAUCACAGACUCUAACAGUUUAUACGCUCAUUUGUGGCACAAGCAACACGAGGCACAUAGAGUCGACAUUCACAGAACUCAGGUCGAUGAUACGUCAGCUGCCGGGAUGUAAUGUGAAGGAAACUGGAACUAGCGUGGAAGCGAGGUGUUUGAUAUUCGAUUUUCAUGGUCAUUUUGAGGCAAUGUAGAAUGUUUCAGACAUGAGCAUGCAACCAGAAGUCUCUUCGUAAACACAGUUUGCAAUUUUAAGUGCAUUUUUUAGAAAGGCAGUCUGUCCAUUUGACGAUAAUUUUAUUAACGUAACUGUUUUUAAUGUUGGAAACCCCCAGAGAUAUGCUCUAGUUGCUACUGUUGAAAGUGAGAUGGCAAAUGAGUUUGUCGCGGAAAACGCGGGAAAAACUUGGACCAGUGCUAAACGCGGGAAAAGGUGUUGCUGGUGGAAAACGUGGGAAAUUAUGUCACCAAGCAGGUGGAAAACGCGGGAAAAACGUUUGCACAGCGUCACAUGCGGGAAAACAUGAACGGAGUUACUUGCGGAAAUUGUGGGUAAAAAUGUUAAACCAGGCAUUUUACCGGGUGAUGUCAGACAUGAAUUAACAAAGAACUUGAGCGGUCAAUAAGUUUACAUGUGUUUAUUUGUUAGAACCACACCAUCAUCUCUCUACUGCGCUGACAAAUAACUUGGUAGGAUAUUUUUUUCUGUGUACGCAAAAUUUUGUUCAAAUACUUACAUUUUAAUUAUGGACAAAUUCCAACGGAUGAUUUUAAUCGUUCUUGAUUCAAAACCACAUGAUAUUGCUUCAAUUACUAAUAUUCGGACGAAAUGCUGCGCUGGCAACUGCAGUGUAAUUUCUGAAAAAUAAUUAUUUAGGAAACAAGCAAUGGUUUCUUCGUCAAGACCUCGACAAGAACUAAGAAACCUAUCUAUUUCAGUUAAGAUAUUUCAUGAAACGUUUACUUAGCAAAUCGCACCCCCUGCACCCCCUCCCAUAGAUCCGCUCCUGUUACGUAAUGGCAACAGGAUUAAAGUUGUAACGUGUA